CCUUCUUCUUCUUCUUCUUAUUCUUCUUGUCUCUGUGUCUGCUUCCCCGGUUCUUGCCUCUCAUGUCAUGGUGACGGGAUCCGUGUUUUGUGAUGUUUGCUACAACAACUCCUUCACAAAACUCAGCUAUUUCUUACCAGGUGUGGAUGUUCAUGUACAAUGCAAAUUCCGAGUAAAUGCACCGACCACCAAGGAACAGAUGGUGUUUUCAGUCAACAGGACAACAGAUAGAUAUGGUGUUUACAGGUUGGAUAUACCAUCAGUUGAUGGGGUUGACUGUGUGGAAGCUCCUGCCACACCCAUUCAGUCAUUUUGUGAAGCAACCUUAAUAGGGAACAGCUCAGUCCCUGGGUGCAAUGUCCCUGGUGCAUCAGCCACAUCUAAAAAGAUCACACUCAAAUCCAGAUCAACGUCGAAUCUAUGUGUUUAUAGCCUAACCGCACUCACUUACAGACCCUUCAACAACAAUUUCACACUUUGUGCCAACCAUCAGGAAGACCUUAAUUACAAUUCCUCAAAGUUUUUCCUUCCCUAUUUUCCAUGGCCUCAAUUCCCCCCAUUGCCACCUCUCCCCUCAUUGCCGCCAUUGCCACCUCUCCCCUCAUUUCCCCCUUUCCCCUCUUUGCCGCCAUUGCCUCAAUUCCCUCCAUUGCCCUCACUGCCACCAUUUCCUCCAUUUCAAUUCCCUCCACCAUCACCUUUACCACAACCACCAUCUUUGCCAUAUCCACCUCCGAAUUUUCCUCCUUUUUCAAGACCUCCAGCAUUCAAUCCAGGAGACCCAAGAACCUUAAUACCCAACAAUCCUUCAUCUAAUCCAUCACCACCACCUCCAUUCAAUCCUAGUGAUCCAAGAACUUGGAUUCCACAAAAUCCCUUUCUUGUUCCACCACCACCACCUGGAUUUGAUCUAAGAGACCCAAGAACAUGGAUACCUACUUUUCCCCCGUCCCCUCAAAGCCAUCAGCCCUAGUUGGUGGUUGCUCAUAUGUACAUACAAAGAUUGGUUUCUUUAAUAUGUUAUGGAUCACUUGUCACAUUAUUCUUUUGUAAUAAUGCUUAUAGACAAGCUGUAUUAUUUUUCUUAUCAUGACAACCAAUUGGGACUA